GCCAUUAAUUGAAUUUUGUAUAUACAUAAAUACAAAAAACCCUUUUAGUAUUCCUGUGGAUUGCACCAUAAAAAUUCAGUUUCGUAAUAAGUGAACAGAAGUGAUAUUUAUCCCUUCUGAUACAUAUUUCUUACAUAUUUAUACACAAUUUGUUCACUAAUUACCUUCCUAUCGGUAUAAAUUAUGACAAUCUAUUGAUAAAAGGAUUCACCGUUUUCGACUAUGUACUGUCAAGACGAUUACGACAUUGACGAGGAUAAUGAGGAGUAUUUGGAGGAUGAUCGAGAUGCCGAAGAGCAGGAUGAGAGUGAUGAAGAUACCGAAGAGGCAAGCGAAACUGACCUCGGAAAAUCAGAAGAAUACACAGAAAUAAAAGAACAAGUUUAUCAGGACAAGUUGGCUAGCUUGAAGAAACAAUUACAGCAGUUGAAAGAUGGUACUCAUCCUGAGUAUAAUCGCAAGUUAAAACGCUUAGAAGCUCAGUACAAAGAAAGAUUACGACUGAAUACAAUUUACCGUGAUUACUUAACAGAAUGGGUGGAAAGAGAUUAUAUAUUAGAGAAGAAAGCAGCGGUUAAGGAGUUUGAAGAAAAGAAGAUAGAUUUGAAGGAGAACUUAUUGACUGAUAUGGAAGAGAAACGCAAAAUGAUUGAGUCUGAUCGGCAUACAAUGGAGCUUACAGGGGAUUCAAUGGAGGUAAAACCUGUAAUGACAAGGAAAUUACGGAGACGUCCUAAUGAUCCUGUACCUGAAAAGGUAGAAAAGAGAAGAAAACCUCCUCCUGCUCAGUUGAAUUAUCUGUUAGAUGAAAAAGAGAUUGAAAGCGAUUUAAAAGCUAUUAGUCGCGGUAAAGUACUGACUACUGUUCGAAAGCCAGUAGUAUUGCCGCACUACAAUGCGGUAAAUAUGCCCUCACAACACAUACCUUCACCUUCCGAUUCUCCUUUAGUAGAAACUAGGAUAGAAGACGGAAAACUCUUACACGAAAGACGAUGCAAUUAUAGGUUUCAUCGUGGACAACCCGUAUACGUGGAAGGAAAGGACUUAACAAGGUUUGCAGCAAAUAUCUCGGCAAUUGGAACCGAGGCUAUUUGGGUGAAAAAAGUUUCAGACGGAAGUAAAGUACGGAUAUAUAUAUCGCAGUUAAGCCGAGGGAAAAUUUCGAUCAAAAGAAGAGCGUCCUAAUACACUGUAUAGCAAUUAGAUAAAAUAC